AUGCACCUCUCCGCCCCGCAGGGGAACAGCGUGAACACGUUCAUUGACCCUGACCAAUACCGCUUCAAACUGAUUACGAUCGACUGCAUUGCCGAUCAUGUUCGCAGAACAGGCCCCUGCGCACUGAUAACCAAGGUGGACCUGAAGCACGCGUUUCGGCUCUGUCCAGUACACCCCGACGACUGGCCACUGCUUGGCAUGCAAUGGAGAUCGAAGUAUUACUUCGACACAGUCUUGCCGUUCGGUCUGCGGUCCGCCCCUAGCUUGUUUAACCGCCUAGCAGACGCGCUUGAGUGGAUCCUACGCCACAAGUACAGCAUACCCGCACUCGAGCACUACCUCGACGACUUUGUUUCGGUAUCACCACCAGCCACUGUGGUGCCAUCGUCGACAGCCGCAGUCCACAAGGCCACGAUCCUUCAGGUGUUCGACAACCUGGGUGUCCCCACUGCAGUUGGCACCGACAAGGUGGUGGGUCCAUCCACGUGCGUCACCGUGUUGGGCAUCGAGAUUGACUCGGCCACCGGGGAACUCCGCCUUCCCACUGACAAGCUCCGCGCGCUGCAACAUCUGCUGCAGUCAUGGUCCACCCGCCACACCGCCUCACGGCGGGAACUCCAAUCUCUAGUGGGCCACCUGUCUUUCGCAGCAAAGGUUGUUCCAGCUGGACGCACCUUCACUAGACGGCUCAUUGAUGCAUGCACUUCCGCUCACAGCUCAUCGCCCAUCGUCCACCUGAGCAGCGAUGCCCUAGCCGAUAUCCGGUGGUGGCAGGAAUUCCUUCCCGUCUGGAACGGCAAAGCCCUUAUGCGCGACCCAGAGUGGUCUAGGUCACCGGACCUUGAGUUGUUCACGGACGCAUCCGGCCUAGGCUUCGGUGGCUUCUUUCAAGGUCGCUGGUUCGCCGGCGCAUGGUCCGCAACGCAACAGACGCCGCCAUACACCUCCAUCAUGUGGAGGGAGAUGUGGCCAAUCUCCCUCGCCUGCCAGCUGUGGGGACCGCUUUGGACGCAGAAGAAGAUCCUGCUCCACUGCGACAACGCUUCCGUGUGCGCUGCCUGGGAGUCGGGCACCUGCCGGCACCCAGGAGUCGUGGCGCUCAUACGCAGCACCCUCCAGACGGCCGCUCGCCACAACUUCUGUCUGCUUAUCCGCCACAUCGCCGGAGUGGACAACGGUAUCGCAGAUGCCCUAUCCCGCGCUCAGUUCCCACGGUUCCGCCUCUUGGCGCCCGGGGCCGACCUCAGUCCGUCGUCACUCGCAAACAUCCACGCCGCAGCGUGA